GAUGUACCCAUCAAUUCCUUCUCUACACUCAGUGACUCUUUGAGGAUCAUCCGACAUUGUUGAUAUCCCAUACUUGAAACGACAAGUAACGAAUCGCCAAAAUGUCGGACGGAGAAGAGCCCACUUCCCCCGUCGUCGCCGCGGCCGAUGAAGUCGAAGUCUCUGGAGAUGCCGCUGCGUCUUCCGGAUCCAUGUCUGUCCUUGACGCCCUGAAAGGUGUCCUCCGAAUCGCCCUCAUCCACGACGGUCUCGCCCGUGGCCUGCGUGAAGCCUCCAAGGCCCUCGACCGUCGCCAAGCGCACAUGUGCGUCCUGAACGAGGCGUGCGAGGAGGAGGCCUACAAGAAGCUCGUCAUCGCCCUGUGCUCCGAACACAAGAUCCCCCUGAUCAAGGUCCCCGACGGAAAGAUGUUGGGCGAGUGGGCCGGUCUCUGCGUCCUCGACCGCGAGGGCAACGCGAGGAAGGUGGUCAACUGCUCGUGCGUCGUCGUCCGCGACUGGGGUGAGGAGAGUCAAGAGCGUAACGUUCUCUUGAACUACUUCCAGACCGAGCAGUAGAAAUGUCAACUGCCGAGGGGGGGAGGGGGGUGAUGGAUCUGCUCUGGGUCUCGUGGCAAUAAAAAAAAAGUGGAAGAUUGUCUUUUUUUUCGUCCUUGUCCUUAUGGAGGGAUGAAGAGCCAAAAACCUCGGAUUUCUUUCUUUUUUUUUCUUUCGGAAGAGUUUUUUUUUGUUUCAAGAAUCGCGGAACGACAAAUUACCAACCGACAUUACACGGACAUGUUACGGGAUUAACAAUAAAAAAAAGAGAAUCAUCAAGAAAGAAAGAAAACAAACGCGGCAAUCUUCUACGAUCGAAAAAACCACCCUAGAGUCAGAAUUGUGACCAUAUCUUUUCUCAACCUUUUCCCCCUUUUCUACCUUAUCGACACAACACCGAAAAUCCAACUACGGCAGAAAUUUCAGGUCGUUUUUUCCCUUCACAGACUCAAAAAAAGAUAUCCGGAUGGAGAGCUUGACAAAUUUUCUUUGCCUCUUGAACUGGCAAUUUUUGCAUGUGGAUGGGUUAUGCUAUUGCAUCAAAUACGCUGGGGACGUGGGAAAAAAAAAGAAAAUAUUCAGUCGGCGUACAUAACAAAAUGUGAUGUCAAUUAAUCACCA